AAAACAUUGAUCAUGAGCUGUCAAACCUGACAAUCUGAUAACAACCUACACAGGCGUGAUUAGGAAUUGCCAUUUAUUCAAUGUCCACAUUCUGAAUUAAAAUGUGAAAACUUAAAUAGAACCAAAUUCAUAGUUAUUUAAAAUGGGUCGUGUGACCGCAUCUCUAAAACUCCGACAGAAUGCAACGAAAACGAGAAAAGAGAUUAAGACUAAAGAUACAAGGAGAAGUUCCAAGCAGCAAACGAAACCCCCUGAAACUAGUCGUUCUCCACUGCUAUUUCCUGCUGGGGAUACUGCAUUUAAAGCAAUAUUGUCUGCAAGGUUUAGUGCAGCUAUUUGGUCUCAUAUCACUGACUGUGAUGAAACUUUCAACUAUUGGGAACCAAUGCAUUUUUUGAUAUUUGGAAAAGGAUUACAAACCUGGGAAUAUAGCCCAGUUUAUGCUCUAAGAUCAUAUACAUAUAUACUUUUCCAUGCCGUACCUGCUCUAAUAUAUCAAAAAUUAUUUCAACCUAAUCCAUUGCUCAUCUUUUACUUCACAAGAUGUCUUUUAGGCUUACUUGCUGUAUUUUUUGAAGUAUAUUUCUACAAAGCUGUUUGUCGAGAAUUUGGGAUACAUAUAGGUAGACUGUGUUUAGCAUUCUUAUUAUUCUCACCAGGAAUGUUCAUUUCUAGUACAGCAUUUUUACCAUCGUCCUUUGCUAUGUAUAUGUUUAUGGGAGCAUGCGCAGCAUGGUGGGGACGAAAAUAUAACUUGGCUGUCUUUUUCACAGCUCUAGGUUCUCUCUUAGGUUGGCCUUUUGCUGCCUUAUUGGGAGUUCCAAUUGCAUAUGAUAUGCUAGUCAGGCAAAAACUUUACAAAGAUUUUGUAAUGUGGUCAAGCAUUUCAGCUGUAGUUAUAUUGGUUCCUAUGACUAUCAUAGAUUCAAUGUAUUAUGGAAGGCUUGUUAUUGCCCCUCUGAAUAUUGUUAAGUAUAAUGUCCUAGGUGGUGCGGGACCUGAAUUAUAUGGUACUGAGCCAUUUUCAUUUUAUUUCAUAAAUGGAUUCUUGAACUUCAAUUUUGUUUGGGUAUUGGCUCUAUUGAGUCCUAUAGCUAUAACUGCCUACUAUUUAUUUGUACCAACAAAACAGCCAACAACUUUUACUCUACCAUACUGGAUUUCUUUGAGCCCUAUUUUACUAUGGAUGGUUGUGUUUCUAUUACAGCCACAUAAAGAAGAAAGAUUUUUAUUCCCUAUUUAUCCCAUGAUUUGUCUAUGUGGUGCCAUUGCACUUGAUGUUAUACAAAAAUUGACGUUCAGAGUAUGGACAAUAUUUAACACUAUGCCAUCCGGUACACAUUACCUGGAUAAGACAAUGUUCAUCAUGUAUUUUACAAUAAUUAUCACCAGUCUAAUGGGUAUAUCAAGGAUUUGCGCUCUUUAUACAUACUAUCAUGCCCCAAUGGAUUUACUGAUGGAGGUUAACAAAUAUCCCCUCGAUUUCAAAGUACCUGAAAAAUCUAAUAUAAAUGUCUGCAUUGGAAAAGAUUGGCAUAGAUUUCCUAAUUCCUUCUUUUUACCCAACACACAAUGGGACAUACGUUUUAUCAAAUCUGAAUUUGAUGGUAUGUUGCCCGCACCUUAUGCUACGACAGAAAACGCCACAAGUAUCGUUCAUGAUUAUUUUAACGAUCAAAACUUGGAAAAUCCCAAUGUGUAUAUCAAUAUCAACAAAUGCCAUUUCUUGUUGGAUCUGGAUUUGGGCAAAGAGACUACUUUGGAGCCUAAUUAUGGUUCUAUGAAUAAUCGAUGGAAACUGAUUUCUUCUUACACUUUUUUGAAUAACGAAAAAUCCAGUCAGUUUUUCAGAGCUUUUUAUAUACCUUAUAUAAGUUAUAAGUAUAUCGAAUUUGGAAACUUUAGUCUCUUGAGAACGAAAUAUAUAUGGAAGUGAU